CCCCCUCGUCGCUCCCGAGCUGCCCUGGUAGUCCCUCAGCGCCCCGCAUCUGCCCUGCUCUCCCCUCCGCCGCCGCGGAGAUGGAUGACGAGCCCGAGCGGACCAAGCGCUGGGAAGGAGGCUAUGAAAGGACAUGGGAAAUUCUUAAGGAAGACGAAUCCGGGUCGUUGAAGGCAACCAUCGAGGACAUUCUCUUCAAGGCAAAGAGGAAAAGACUCUAUGAGCACCAUGGACAAGUUCGGCUUGGAAUGAUGCGUCACCUUUACGUGGUUGUUGAUGGAUCAAGGACGAUGGAGGACCAAGACUUAAAACCGAACAGACUUACUUGCACUCUGAAGUUACUGGAAUAUUUUGUUGAAGAGUACUUUGACCAGAAUCCUAUUAGUCAGAUUGGCUUAAUUGUAACCAAAAGUAAAAGAGCUGAAAAAAUGACGGAACUCUCAGGAAACUCAAAAAAGCAUGUAACUGCUCUGAAGAAAGCGGUGGAUAUGAAUUGCAGUGGAGAGCCUUCUCUGUAUAAUUCCCUAAAUUUGGCCAUGCAGACUUUAAAGCACAUGCCAGGACAUACGAGCAGAGAGGUUUUGGUGGUCCUCAGCAGUCUGACGACAUGUGAUCCAGCCAACAUCUAUGAUCUAAUUAAGUGUUUAAAAGCAGUAAAGAUCAGAGUAUCUGUCAUCGGCCUAAGUGCUGAAGUUCGAGUUUGUACAGUACUUGCCCGAGAAACUGGUGGAACAUACCACGUUAUUUUGGAUGAAAGUCAUUACAAGGAGCUGCUGAUGCACCAUGUCAGUCCCCCACCUGCCAGUUCAACUUCUGAGUGUUCCCUUAUUCGAAUGGGUUUUCCUCAGCAUACUAUUGCUUCUCUGUCUGAUCAAGAUGCAAAGCCUUCCUUUAGCAUGGCGCAACUGGAAAAUAACAGUGACCCAGGUCUUACACUAGGUGGAUAUUUUUGUCCUCAGUGCAGAGCCAAAUACUGUGAGCUUCCUGUGGAAUGCAAAAUCUGUGGUCUUACACUAGUGUCUGCACCUCACCUGGCUCGGUCUUACCAUCACUUGUUUCCUUUAGAUGCCUUUCAGGAAGUUCCACUGGAAGAAUACAAAGGGGAACGGUAUUGUCAAGGCUGCCAGGGAGAAAUGAAAGAUCAAAAUGUGUACAUAUGCAAAGUGUGUCAGAAUGCAUUUUGUGUGGAAUGUGAUGUGUUUGUUCAUGAUGCACUGCACUGCUGUCCCGGCUGUAUUCACGAGCACCCUGCUCCUGUAUCUGUAUGAUCUUGUAUCUUUUU